GACAACCAAUGUGACUUCUAUCCAUAACAUUAACUACAUUUAAAUUACUAUUUUUUUUAUUAAAUUAACAAACGAGCAAGCAUGACCGACGAAGCCGUUCAAGUGAAAGACAAAUUUUUCGUCGCCGGCCUGAUACCCAGCCCGGAGUUCCAAAAAUGUAGGUACAUAGUGAAAAAAUUGUACAUGUCGCAUCCCGGCCAGUACGAGAGGCCGGAGAUACGGAGCAUGCUAAACGUUGAAUGGGAGGAAUUCCUCACAAAGCUAAAACGAACAUACGGAAAUGGAGUUUGGGGAAUAAGAAGGAACGUGAUUGUUUUCAAUAGAGGAGAAUUCGUGGGCGACGAUAAAGUGCUGUUAGAUAACAUUGUUAAAUUAUACCAAUUCUCUUUCAACACGAAUUGGUCCGAUAUGGGGAAUUGCCACCUCGUUGAUGUCUUCCAGAAUAUUAUGGAUAAAUUUAGGCAAUUGGUUUACAUGAUGAUAUCAAUAAACGGAAGAGUUAUAGGAACUUUGUUAUUCGAACUCUACAGCGAUAUAGUACCACUAGCUUGUGAGAAUUUCCUCAACAAGUGCAAAAAUCCCGAAGAAGGAUUCAGCGGUACACCCGUACAUAGGAUCGUAAAAAACAGCUGGGUACAAUGCGGCGGUUGGGGCAUCCCGGAAAGGCAAAUGCGCUGCGAGAACUACGUAGUGCCGCAUAACAGAAGAGGCGUCCUGUGUACUACAAAUACAGGCAGACAUAAAAACAACACAUCCCAAUUUUUCAUCACGCUAGGCCCGACGCCGUGGAUGGACCAAAAAUACGUGGCAUUCGGGCAACUAAUUCAAGGGGCGGAGAUUUUGAGGCAAAUCGAGGAAGUGCCCACUUACUACGAGGCGCCCAAAUACUCUAUCAUCAUCGAAAUGACCGGCGAGGUUACCCUCGACAGGAUUCCCGACUAUCUAAGCUCGAACCAACGCCAGGAAUUCGAGGCUUUGCUGCCCACCAUCUUCUACGAUGGUCUUUUAGACGCGAAAUCCUACGACCAAAUAUCGCCGACGGCCUCUAAAUUCGACUGGAUGAAAUACAAGAAAGGAAUGUACGGUUUGAAAUCGGAUUUGAAGAGCUACUUGCCGUUUAUGCAUUUGCUGGACUACAUGAUACCGUUGGGAGGCGAAGGUGAUGAUAAGAACGUAAUUGACAGUAAAAUUGCCGAGGAUAUAAGGCUCACUAUUACACAGAAACUGAACUCUUUUACGUUGCCCAAAAUUAGCGAUAUUACGCUGUAAAUUAAAUAUAAAAAAAUUAUGUAAACGAUGUAGGUAUAAAAUAAAAUCAAUAUCGUCAAC